AUGAUUGAUGAUUGUGUGGUUAAUAUUGAAGAUAUUAAAUUAAAUAAUGAUAAUUUUAAUAAUAAUAUAGAGAAUAAUAAUAUUGACUAUAAUGAUAAUAAUAAUAAUAAAAAAGUUAUAGUUUUUACAGGCUCAACAGAUGGUAUUGGAAGAUCUACUUUAGAUGUUUUGGUUAAAAAUAAUAGUAAAGAAUUAAAGUUUAUUUUACCAGUAAGAAACAUAGAAAAGGGUGAAAGGGUUAAAGAUGAAUUAAAGUUAUUAAAUCAAGAUGCAGAUAUUACAAUUAUGAAAAUGGAUUUGGGGUCAUUCGAGUCAAUUAGAGGGUUUGUUAGAGAGUUUACUCAAUUAGAAAUACCAUUAGAUAUAUUGGUAAAUAAUGCAGGUUUGAUGGCCACAUCAUACAGUACUACCAUCGAUGGUUAUGAAACUACAUUUGCAGUAAAUCAUUUAGGCCCAUUUCUGUUAACCAAUUUAUUAAUCGACAAAUUAAAGCAAAGUGUCCAUGGAGGAAAUAUCGUAUUGGUUACAUCGGUGAUGCAUGAAAGAGAGAAAUUAGAUUUUGAUCAACUAAAUGUUAAAAAAAGCAAUUAUUCAUAUGUUUCUGCCUAUGGAAAAUCAAAACUAUGCAAUGUAUUGUUUGCCAGAGAGCUACAAAAGAGAUUGGACGAGGAAAACCCACAUAAUAGAGUCAAAGUCAAUUAUUUGCACCCAGGCUCUGCUAAAACCUCGUUAAGUCGGGAUUAUGGUUUUUUUGUGAAAAAUAUUAUACUACCAAUAAUAUUAUUUUUUAUUUCCAAUCCAUUAAAUGAAAUGGCCAAUAGCUUGGCUGCUUUGUCGUUAAAUAAAAAUAAUGAAAAAGGAAAAUACUUUUUUAUUAACAAAGAAAAAUCGCCAUCAGGGUUUGCCAGUGACUUUAACAAUUCGAAGAGGUUAUAUGAUGAAUCUUUAAAAUUAGUUCAAUUAUAA